GAGCAGGGUUUCGCGCGCUGAGCCUAAGCUCCGGUAGUAGGCGUGAUUGACGCGUCUGUCAACGAAUCAACGCAUAGAUUGGAGACCCUCUUAGCCAAUCAGCAGCGCGCCGUGCCCGCGGCAGGAGGAGAAACACGUUGUUGAACAGUUUUAUUGAUUCGAGCCCGUUCAAGUGCGUUUCGCGGCAGCAUUAAACUGUAACAAAAGUGCAACGAUUUUGACUGUUUUAUCUCAUAUAUUGACAUACAAUUACAUCUUCUGUUUUCAAGAGGAAGUAAAUACAGGUCGACCGCCAUGUGGAUCCAGGUGCGCACUAUGGAUGGCAAGGAGACCCAUCGGGUCGACUCCCUGUCCAAGCUCACCAAGGUGGACGAGCUGCGGGGUAAGAUAAUGGAGCUGUUCAACAUCGAGCCGGAAAGACAAAGACUGUUUUACAGAGGAAAACAGAUGGAAGAUGGUCACACGAUCUUCGACUACAACGUGGGUUUGAACGACAUCGUUCAGCUGUUGGUACGACAGGCCGUCGCACCGACCGUUCUGUCGAAGGACAAAGAAGCCGAGUUGUCCGACUCUGACUCCGGCUGCGGAUCUGCCCAGAGCGAGUCUGAUAAAGGUUCAACUCACGGCGAGAGCGAAGGGCAAAGCGCCGGAACCUCGGGUCAAACGGACACGCCGGACCUCAUCGACCCAGGCUUUGGGUUUUACAAGAUCAAUGAAUUUGUGGACGCACGUGACUUGAACAUGGGAGCUUGGUUUGAGGCGCAGAUCAAGAACGUCACCAAGGUGGCAAAACCUUCAGGGGAUGAUGGAGAGCUCGAUGGAGGAGAGGAGAUCCUUUACCACGUCAAAUACGAAGAUUACCCAGAAAACGGCGUGGUGCAGCUGCGGGGUAAAGACGUUCGCCCGCGGGCGCGCACCGUUUACCAGUGGCACCAGCUGGAGGAGGGCAUGACGGUCAUGGUAAACUACAACCCGGACGAGCCCAAGGAGCGCGGAUACUGGUACGACGCUCGGAUCCAGAAGAAGAGGGAGACCAGGACCCAGCGGGAGGUUUAUGGCAAGAUUCUCCUGGGGGAAGCUGGCGAUUCUCUCAAUGACUGUCGAAUAAUGUUUGUGACCGAAAUCUACAAGAUCGAAGAACCGGGAAGUUCAGAGGGACCAGGGGCCUCUUCCGAUAGCCCUCUCAAGAGGUCAAACGGACCCGAGUGCAAAGUCUGCAAAGACGACCCGAAGAAGAACUGUCGCAUGUGUAACUGUCACGUCUGCGGUGUGAAGCAGGAUCCUGACAAACAGCUGCUCUGUGACGAGUGUGACAUGGCGUUUCACACUUACUGCCUAAACCCUCCGCUGACCACCAUCCCCGCCGACGAGGACUGGUACUGUCCAGAAUGCCGUAAUGACGCCAGCGAGGUGGUCCUGGCCGGAGAGAAGCUGAAGGAAAGCAAGAAGAAAGCAAAGAUGGCGUCCGCGAGCUCGUCCAGCCAGAGGGACUGGGGGAAGGGUAUGGCAUGUGUCGGCCGCACCAAACAGUGCACCAUCGUACCUUCCAACCAUUACGGUCCCGUUCCUGGAGUCCCGGUGGGAACCCUGUGGAAGUUCAGAGUGCAGGUGAGUGAAUCGGGAGUCCACAGGCCUCACGUCGCUGGAAUUCAUGGCAGAAGUAAUGAUGGUGCUUAUUCUCUCGUGCUCGCCGGAGGCUACGAAGAUGAUGUGGAUGAUGGAAACCAGUUCACCUACACCGGCUCCGGGGGUCGCGACCUCUCCGGAAACAAGAGGACGGCCGAGCAGUCCUGCGAUCAAAAGCUAACCAACAUGAACAGAGCACUGGCUUUGAACUGCAACGCAGCCGUGAAUGAGAAAGAAGGGGCGGAGGCCAAGGACUGGAAGGCGGGGAAACCCGUGAGGGUCGUGCGGAGCUCCAAAGGCCGCAAGCACAGCAAGUACAGUCCUGAGGAUGGCAACCGCUACGACGGCAUUUACAAGAUUGUAAAGUACUGGCCAGAGAAGGGCAAGUCAGGUUUCCUUGUGUGGCGAUAUUUGCUGAAAAGAAACGACGAGGAAGCGGCACCAUGGACCCGUGAAGGGAAAGAGCGCAUUAAGAAACUGGGCCUCACCAUGCAGUAUCCCGAGGGUUAUCUGGAGGCCGUGGCUGCUAAAGAAAAGGAGAAAGAGAAUAAAAAUGAGGAUGAUAUUGAGGAAACGCCCACUAAGGGGAAGAGGAAGAGGAAAUCUCAGACCGUGGAUGAGAAGAGUUCUCCAUCAAAAGGCACUCCCAAGAAGAUGAAAGUAGAAGCAUAUAAACUGAGCAAAGAGCAGAAGGCCUUGAUCAAAGACGAUGAGCUCAAUAAGAAAUUGUGGGAUGAAGCUAUGGAGUUUCUGAAGCUCGGACCGCGCUUCCUGAAUAAAGUGGAGGAAUUUUUUCUCUGCAUCUGCUGUCAAGAGGUUGUUUACCAGCCCAUCACCACAGAGUGCCAACACAACGUCUGCAGGGAAUGCCUCCAGCGCUCUUUCAAAGCCGAUGUUUACACCUGCCCGGCCUGUCGACACGACCUCGGCAAGAACUAUCCAAUGACCGUGAACAAACCUCUUCAAGCCAUCCUCACCCAGCUCUUCCCCGGGUACAGCAGCGGCCGGUGAUGUCACAGCAGCACAGAAUUCCACUAGAAACUCGGAUUUCCAUUUUAAUAUAUUUAACAAAUGUUGCGACGUAUCAGGUUGUAGAAUCGAUCGGAAAAUCUCCUUGAUGUUUGAUUUGGCCCUGUUUUGCGAUGUGCUCCUACCUAGGCAGUGCGCUUCUGUCUGUCGUAGGCGUGUUCCCAAAAUGCAUCUUGUCAUUUAGGAUAAAAAGGUGAUUUUAUAACAUUCUAGUCCUAUUUUAGCUAUAGCAGCUUUCCAAUGUAUUUUUGCCGCCUUUUGUACAGUGUACCAGCACAAUGAACUGUAGCUAUGCACAAUGACUGUUCACAACGUUAGCGUUCCGAUUGAAAUCGCUUUUUCUUUGCAAUGAUAUAUUUGUAAUGAUAGUUUGUUCGAAAGCACUGCGUCUUAAAUCCCGUUGAAACCGGUCAUGUGUAAAGCUGUAUGCCUUCACUGACGUUCUCAGUUCGGCCAGUGUAAUAAUGAUGUUCCCAGUGUUCAUUUCGCGCUUAUUGUAACGUUUUGACGAUUAACAAACAUCCAAAGAUCCGUUAACAGAUUUUGCGCUAAGGUCCCGGAGUUUAGGGUGGCGUAGCUUUUUCUAGCUUAUUUACAUUCGGCUUUAUAAAAUGUUUUAAUCGUCUUGCCUUUAUUGGUAACUAACUAAAUUUAAUCUUAAAGAAAUUUGUUUUAACCGUACUACUUUACGUAAACACUCUGUUUGUUGAACUUGUUGUUUUUCUAUGUCCAGCAACUAAAUUUUAAUACAUUCUAAAAUGAAUAGAGAUAUUAUCUCUCUUUUUUUUUCUUUAUUUGCUUUUCUGUGUAACUGCUGUGUGCGCGCUUCAAGAAAUCGAGUGUCAUUUUUCCGUCACGUUGCCGUUAUGCAAACAGUGGUCAUGCUUGUGAAGCCCACUGAAGUUGAUGUACUGACCCAGGAUCUGUAUUUCAGGUUCUGUUUUCACUUUAUAGGGUCGGCGUGUACACUGGAUCAGGUUUUAUACACACCUGGUCUGACUUUUCAGUGGUAUUCGAGGUAAAUCCUCAGACCGUUUUUCGCACAAACCCGACAGUUUGACUCAUUCAGGAAGUAUUUAAAUGCAUUGUCUUCUCGCUCAAUGACGUUCUUUGCUUGUUGUAAGAGUUAUUAUAGUAUUUGCUAAAUAAAUGCCUAUGGCUGCA